UCUCUGAUGGACUUGUGUGUCUCUCCUCAGGAUGAUGAAGCUCCUGUGUGGUGGUGUGAUUUUCACACUUGUUCUGUCUUAUUACAUCUACAUGCCUUUACCUGCCUCUGUCUCCGAGCCCUGGAAGCUCAUGCUGGUGGGAGCCACCUUCCGCACCGCCACUCACCUGGCCGAUCUCUCUCACUCUCUGGGUCUGGUCCAUCAUGUCCGUGUCCUCAAUCUGGCUGUGACGAGUUUUGAGAGUUUUGUGCCUUUGGAGUUUGAAGACCUUCAGACGGAGGACACGGAGUUCCACGGUGUUCAGGUUCGCGUGUACAUGCCUCAACGGCGAGACAGCACACUGAGACGCGCUGUAGUGUUCAUCCACGGGGGAGGGUGGUCACUCGGAGUGCCCAAGCUCGGUUCCUAUGACUUGCUGUGCAGGAAAAUGGCGGUUAAGCUGAACGCUGUGGUAGUGACAGUGGAUUAUCGUAUGGUCCCAGAUGUUCACUUCCCUGUGCAGUAUGAGGAGUGUCUGCAGGCGGCUCGUCACUUCCUGCAGCCAGAUGUGUUGGCGCGUUACUCUGUGGACCCGGAGCGAGUCGCUGUGUGUGGUGACAGUGCAGGAGGAAACCUUGCUGCUGCAAUCACACAAUGGAUCGGCCAAGACAGCAGAGAUAAUGAUGUAAGGAACAGCAGUGUUGAUCAUCUGAAGAACGACAGCAGGGAUGAUGUACAAGACAGCAGUGAAGGUGGAGGGAUCAGGUUUAAGCUACAGGUGUUGAUCUAUCCUGUCCUUCAGCCUCUGGAUUUCAAUACUGCAUCCUACCAGCAGAACUGGGGAGUCCCCAUACUGUACCGUGACCUGAUGGCACGCUACUGGCUAGAGUAUCUGGGAGCAGACGCAUCCCUGCUCCACACCGUUCUCCUGAACAACCACACAGCACUGGAUGAGUCUCGAGCCGACCCUCACCGAUCUAAAGUCGACUGGACCUCCAUGAUCCCUCAGCACAUGCGCAAACACUAUAGGGCCGUCUUCCCUCGGACUGGCUCACCCUCCGUCCUGCGGGACGUCCCUGCGAUGCUGGACCCGCGAGCCGCUCCCCUGCUAGCUGAACAGGAAAUAUUAAAGAUGGUACCAGGCACUUACAUCAUGACGUGCGAGCAUGAUGUGCUGAGGGACGAUGGAAUGAUGUAUGUCCGGCGCUUAGAGCUGGCCGGCGUCUCUGUCACACAUCGUCACUAUGACGACUGCUUUCAUGGCUGCGUGAGCUUUGCCUUCUGGCCGUCGUACUUCUUCGUGGGGAUACGAGCCAUAGACGAUUACAUCGCCUGGCUUCACACACACCUGUAGAAUGUCCAAUGUUUAACUGUACAAACACUUACACACUCAGACUGUAAACAUUAUGUUUGUAUUUCUGUCAUUUACAGAAUAAACAGUGUUGGUGGUUCAAGUGACAAAAUGAAACCAACUUCUAUCAACUGCUAUCAACUUAGCCCCGCCCACCCCCCCACCCCUCUCUCUCUCUUUCUCUCUCUCUUUCUCUCUCUCUCUCUCUCUCUCUCUGUCUGUCUGGAGGCUAUUGACUUAGCCCCACUCUUGUUCUGUCUUUCUCACCUUUAGUGCUCUCUCUUGAGAUACCCACUUGGCCCCGACCCCCCCUCUCACUGGUGACAUUUACAUGGCCCCACCCCCCCUUACACACUUUCUGGAGACUUUCUGUGUGGUUCUACCUCCUCAUUCAAUUCUGAACACAUCACCUGGCCCCACCCCCUGAGCCUGGCCCCUCCCCUUUAAACCUGUAUGCUAGCAGUGCAAAGAACACUGCUUUAUAAUUUACUGAUUUAUAAUUACAUUUGAUUCAAAGUAUUUUUUUUAAACUAAAGUACCUGAAGUUAAUUGCAAGGAUAAAAAAUACAGCUAAUAUUUUGAGAAGUGUGUUCCAAGCUAAAUGACUGACAAAGAUUUAAUUUCUAUACUGCAUUUACAUUAAAAUACAUAACUUUAUAAAUAAUGACCUGCUCACCUGACUUAAGUUGCUUGUAAAAUACAUUGUUGUAUAAAACUGCAUUAUAAACUUAUUAUUCUAUUCAGUAUUAGUCAUAUCAUUGACCAGUGAGCUGGUGUGUUGACCGUUUAUACACAGUGUCCUGUACAUGAAUGACAAAAUUGUGUUUUUCUUUCUGGCUCUAAAUAAAACAU